CUUUAAAGUUUUCUCAAAAAGUAAAACAAAAUUCGACACAACAAUGGCGGAAUCGAAAUUCGACCCGCAGCCCAUCGCCGACGGCGGCGGACUCUUUGGCUCGGGUCGGCCGAAGCUCCGCCUUACAUCGGAGUACGACAGCGACACCUCCAUUUUCUUUCAGAAGGUGUCUUGCAAAUUAUUGGACAAUUUAGCUAAAUUGAAGCUGUCGUUCUACAAUAACGGCAAAGGGGAGGUGUCGGAGCCCCAAAUCUCGUUCAUCUCGAAGUUCUUCUCGCUGCAAUACGACGUCGAGGAGCGCGAUGCGGUGCUCAAGACGUCGCUGGAAAUCGCGCCGGGAGUUCAAUUCCGAGCUGCCCAUCAAGUCAAGGCUCGACAAGGAGAGGUUUCAGUGGUUGCAGAUCUUGCUACCCCAGCCUACAAACUCGAAUUAGCAUCUGCUGUUCCAUCUGUUGGCAUGCCAAAGGCAACUUUCAGAUUUCCUCUGGGUGAAAUUUCAUUAGAGGAGAAAGAGGUGGAGGAAGAAGAAGAAGAACAGAAAAGAACUUUAUCAGUCAAUGGGAUCCUCAAAAGCAAUGUUUUAAAUGGUCUGUGCACUGCUCGAUACGAAGAGGAAAAUUGGGAUCUGAGAUAUGCAUUCAAGGAUGAGCAUCUAACUUUUGUUCCAAGCAUUUCGCUCCCUUCAAAUGUACUGUCAUGUGCAUUUAAGCGGAGAUUCACUCCGUCAGACAAGUUGAGCUACUGGUACCACUUCGAUUCAGACAAUUGGAGUGUGGUCUACAAACACACAGUCGGGAAGGAUUACAAGCUCAAAGCUGGCUAUGAUUCUGAAGUCCGACUUGGUUGGGCAUCUCUUUGGGUUGGAGAUGAAGAUGGCAAAGCAAAGACGGCCCCGUUGAAGAUGAAAGUGCAGUUCAUGCUCCAAGUUCCUCAAGAUGAUAUCAAAUCAUCAGCUCUGAUGUUCCGUGUGAAGAAGAGGUGGGAUAUAUAAUUCUUGAUGGCCAUGUAAACUCCUAUCAUUACAUAACUAAUGCACAUAUCUAGCUGGAUUCAAACUAGCAUACCAUAACCAUGUUUUUUAAUUUUAUUUUGUUUAGUUUUAGUUGUGCUUUUCAUUUUAUGUUUCUAAUUUUGUUAUCUUUUUUUUUUGAAUUGUUAAUUUCGAAUGCUGAAUUGUGGAUGAUGUUUUAAGUAAGGGAUGAGAUAAAAAUUUAUGUGUA